UUGUGAGCUGUCAAAGACAAAACAUUCAGUGGCGCGAAGAAGUCCUCUAUGCUAGUUAGAUAGCUGCCAAACAGUGCUGUAUAUUUAUCUGCAAUAGGCUACUGUACUGCAACUACCUACCUUACACAAUGCCAGCCACUUCAGAUAUCCUCACUGCGGCGUCAAAUGGCACCGAAGCAGAGAAGGAAGCGAAGCCAGCUGCUCAGGCGGGGGAGAAAAAGCCCCAGGACUCGGCUGCCUUCUCUUUGUUUUGCGACGAGCGCGGCUACCUGAACCAGAUCGAGUAUAUUUUGCAGAAGGGGGUUCGGAGAGGCGACAGGACUGGUACCGGGACCAUCUCGAUGUUCGGGUUGCAAGCUAGAUACAGUCUACGAGACCAGUUCCCUCUGCUCACGACAAAGCGAGUGUUUUGGAAGGGGAUUUUGGAAGAAUUGCUGUGGUUUAUCAAGGGUUCGACUAACGCACGGGAGCUGUCGGAGCGCGGCGUGCGUAUCUGGGACGCCAACGGCUCUCGAGAGUUCCUGGAUCGCAGCGGCUUCACCCAGAGGGAGGAGGGAGACCUGGGACCCGUCUACGGCUUCCAGUGGAGACACUACGGAGCCGAGUACACACACAUGCACGCAGACUACUCGGGUCAGGGAGUUGAUCAGCUUCAGAAAGUGAUUGACACCAUCAAGAACAACCCAGACGACAGACGCAUCAUCAUGUGCGCAUGGAACCCUAAAGAUCUGCCUCUGAUGGCGCUGCCCCCGUGCCAUGCUCUGUGCCAGUUCUACGUGAGUGAGGGCGAGUUGUCGUGUCAGCUGUACCAGCGCUCGGGAGACAUGGGACUUGGGGUGCCAUUCAACAUCGCCAGCUACGCCCUGCUCACAUACAUGAUCGCCCACAUCACAGGACUCAAGCCUGGUGACUUUGUCCACACUCUGGGAGAUGCUCACAUCUACUCCAACCACGUGGAACCACUCAAGGAACAGUUGACGCGGGAGCCGCGAGCGUUCCCUAAGCUCCACAUCCGUCGAGAGGUCCAGAGCAUCGACGACUUCCGCUCAGACGACUUUGAGAUCCUGGACUACAAUCCACACCCCACAAUUAAGAUGGCCAUGGCGGUCUAAACGCGCGCACACACACGCACGCACACACACUUCACUAUAAUCCACACACCUCAAUUAAAAUGGCCAUGACAGUCACACACACACUCACGCACACACACACACUCAACACCAACCCCCACACCAAGCCAUGGAAGUCGCACACACAACCAUUGUCCUAUGUAAAUAACUGAAUGUUAAAUUGACAAUAUGGCAGAGUGUUACAUCAUUUUUUUAACAAGUGGGUUUGAGGUCAUAAGUUCAUGGGCAGUGGCAUUGUAAAUGUACAGCGAACGAAAAUAAAGUUUUAUAUGUUUUGUAUGUCGAUUUAAUAAAAAGUGGACUCAGCCAA